AUGGAAGCAGGAGGAGAUGAGAUACAAAUGCAAGUCCCACCGACAGAAGCAGCUGUGGCUGCAGUUGACGAAAAGUUAGACGUUAAAACUGCACUACGAAGAGCUCUGAAGUCGUCAAUCGUUAUGGAUGGAGUGGCUAAAGGUCUUCAUGAAGCCGCUAAAGCGCUCGAUAAGCGCCAGGCCUAUUUUUGUGUUCUGGCUGAGAACUGUGACGAGCCGAUGUAUACCAAACUAGUGGAAGCAUUAUGCAAUGAACAUCAGAUACCUUUGGUUAAAAUUAAGGACAAAAAACAGCUGGGAGAGUGGAUUGGUCUGUGCAAAUACGAUAAAGAAGGAAAAGCUCGAAAGGUGGUAGGGUGUUCGUGCGUAGUUGUGCGUGACUAUGGCCAAGACGAUGCCGCCCGUGCAUUUCUUCAGGAAUACUUUGACAGCCAAAAGAAGAGCUAA